UGCGAACAAGGAUGAAAAAUAUUCAACAUGGCGGCGCUCAGGUCACUUUUUCUGAGAGCAAACUCAUCCAGUUUAGCCCGUUUUUCGGCUGUAAGGCAACCAAUUGUGAGUUCAACAAGGCUGUGUUGUUCGGCGGAGAAAGUCACUCAUACAGGACAGGUCUAUGAUGAAGGAGAUUACAGAAAACUUAGAUUUCUUGAUAGAGAAAAAGAGGUAAAUGAGAAGUUUGCAAUAGAUCUGGUCCAUGAAGAACCACCAAUAGUGAUCAAUGGAAGGAGCGUUAAUUGUGACGGAGGUGGGGGUCCAUUAGGUCAUCCCAAAGUCUUCAUUAACUUAGAUCAACCCGGAAUUCAUACAUGUCAAUACUGUGGACGAAGAUACGUUGCUGCUGUACACCACCAACCAAGAGAUGACAAAAAUUGACGACGAUAUAUAAAGAUAAUUUAUCAGUUUUAUGUACAGUUAUGUAUUAGAGUGAAUGAUCCAUUUAAGAAGUGUCAGUGAAAAUCAAUUGAAACAAUAUUUUCCAUACCCAAACAUGGGACUUAUGACUUUAUGAAUCCACGUAACUCUACUCAUUCACUUUUUUUGUUUUCCACUGCGUGAAGGAAAACGUCGUUUGGAGAAAGAAAGAAUCCUUCUAAGUUGAUUUAUUUUAUUGAAAGGGGAGUUGUGUACCGUAUUCUAUAAAGCACACUAUGUGAAUUUGACAUUAACAUCUUCUGAAGUUUUUGCUUGGAUAUUGAAAAUAAUACAUAUAUAUAUGUAUACAUACCUCUUGGUUUCAUACCUGUCCUGUGCUCCUAACUGUAUCAAAUCAGUUGCACUAAAAUGUAAAAACUCAUUUGAACUGACAAUAAUGGACUGCGCAUGAAAGAGGAUGUGAGAAGAAGUUGGUGUUGAUAACCAAUUUUUUUUCAAAAAGUAACAAUUAUUGUUUUUAAGCUGUCAACUUAAAGAUUUUAAGACUAAGUUGAGAUAUUGAAUUUCUAGGCACAUUAAAUAUCGAUUUGUAUAAUAGUUGA